GCAGGGAACAGCAUUGAGUGAACAGCCAGUGACCAGUCAAGAUGAGUGGAAGAGGCAAAGGAGGAAAAGGACUCGGGAAAGGAGGCGCCAAGCGUCACCGCAAAGUUCUCCGUGAUAACAUCCAGGGAAUCACCAAGCCCGCCAUCCGCCGCCUGGCCCGCCGUGGCGGAGUGAAGCGUAUCUCCGGUCUCAUCUACGAGGAGACCCGCGGUGUGUUGAAGGUGUUCCUGGAGAACGUGAUCCGCGAUGCCGUCACCUACACCGAGCACGCCAAGAGGAAGACCGUGACCGCCAUGGACGUGGUCUAUGCUCUCAAGAGGCAGGGCCGCACUCUGUACGGCUUCGGUGGUUAAGCCCAUUUACCAGCAGCAACACGACACAACGGCUCUUUUAAGAGCCAAACACUC